UUCAAGAUUCCUCUUUCUCAUCGUCGUGCAAGCUGCACCCAUCAAUAAAUCUCCCUCUUCAAUUCCUUCUUCCCCAAAUCUCCGAAACAAAAACAAAAUCAAAAAAAUGGGUUUUGUGUUGAAGCUCGUAGAUGCGAUCUUGUUCCUGUUCUUCCUCUUGAUAGCAAUCGCUGCACCAUUGAUAGAUGCACAAACGUGUCUUCCUCUCUCUUACUUCCCUGAUUUUCUCGUCAACGUGAAAACAUGGUACACCAAUGAGUAUGGUGAUUAUCUUGUUGCUGACAAACCCCAUUUCUUCGUUGGGCUUGUUUGGCUUGAGCUUCUCUUUCAAUGGCCCCUUUCUCUUAUCAAUAUCUAUGGUAUUUUGUCUUCCAAGCCUUGGUUUAAUACCACUUGCUUGAUCUAUGGGGUUUCUCUCUCCACUUCCAUGGUUGCUGUGUUAUCAGAAAUGAUGGGAUCGAAGAAAGCAUCUGAGAAACUAUUGUCAAUGUAUUUCCCUUUCAUGUGUUUGGGUAUUUUAGCUACUCUGAGAGGCUUGCUGACAAGUUCCUCCAAAUCAUCAUCAGCUUUUGGUAAAAGACCUGCAAUGGCGAGGAAAAAACGUGCUUGAAACAGUUUUACUCCAUCAAUUUUGAGAGAAAGGAAAGAGAAAAAGAAUUGUAGGUGUGAAAGGAUCGAUGUUGCAAAUAUCGUUCCGCUAUUCAUGUUUUGGUACUUUUUUAGUGUUGUUGAGUUUGUAUUUUAUUGAGUAGUCAUCAUUUUAGUCAUUAAAAUUGUAAAGGUUGGUCUAAGGAUCGGUCAUAGAUAGACUUGAGAUUCAAUUCAAUUUAUAUUCCAUAAGUUGGUGAAUUCUUAGAAUGUGUUUGGUUUCACAUUAAACUCUCAUUUAACAUACUUGAAUCACACUUUCAACUUGUUUGGUUAUUAGUUAUGAAGGUGAUUUUUUGUUUCAGAA